CGCAUUUUAAAACCGUCUGGAAACCCCUGCAAAUUUUCCAUUGGAAAUGUGUAUCGUAAAGGUACAUUCUAUUAUCAGCACUGCGAGAGUGAAGUUGUCGGCGUCGGUAGCAGCAUUCGAGGAAUUUUAUUUUUCAAAGCUCUGAAACUUAUUCAACAUGUCCAACGAGUCAGUCAAGGAAUGGCUCGAAACUGAUUCGGAUACAUCAACAAUGAGCGCAACCGACACCGACAUAGAAAAGGAGGGGGAAACUGGAUGGCAAGUCGGGUUUCCCAGCGUCGCGCCCCAGUGUGUGUUCAGAGAAAUAUCCAACAUCGAUGGUCAACCGUCUUCAUCUUCCGUACAUUUGACUAGCAACUCGCGAAAACGGAAAGCAGUACAGUUGUGCAGUGUAGCUACGAAUAUGGAGACGGUUGAACCUUACGACCAAGAAACUGUGGUGCGCACACUCACUGGGCUAAUUCGGUCUCAUGCCCGUUUGGCGACACAAGUGUGCGAAUUGAUUAAUGCCAUGAAACCAAGGCCCGACGUUCGACCCAGCAUGGAGUUUGAUUUUGCUCCGAUAGAUUCAGUAGAAGAGCUGCAAAAUUUAGAUGCACUUCUUCAAGACGACUCGGAGGAUAGAGCAAAACUUGUUCAUUGGCUUGAAACACAGAUCACUCGUGUGGACGUGGAUAACCGUCUUCACGAAUUAAUUGAUCUGCUGUUCACCAAAACCUUUUUUGCCACCAUGAAUUGGACUGGCAUAAGCAAAAAAGUGGGACAAACAAAAAUAGGAUCAGGUAAAUUUAAGUUAAUGGUAAGAUUAUUUGUAGAAUUAGGAGGUAACAAUGCUUUAGUUUUAAAUAGUAAUUAUGUAGAAAAUUAAAAAAAAAA